GCGGUCCGUGAGCCUGGGCGGCGAGCGGAGGUGUUCGAGGGAGUGGUGGGGCGGUCGGUGAGGCGCUGCCGCGGGAAAAAAAGGACGGAGCUUCUCACCGGGGCUCUCGGCGCUGUUCAUGACAGAAACUUGCACCGUAGCACCGGAUGUCUGAGGCUGAUUGGGCUCCGGGAAGGGGUUAAACCCGGGCGUGCGAGGUGGGGUGGGGUGCGAUUCGGUGUCGGCCGUCGACUGACAGCUCGGGCGCUGCCUGCCUCCCCCCCCUCAGCUCCCGCCGCGGCACAAAGGCGACAAUCCCUUAUUUUCAGAUGAUGAACGAUUGUGCUGACUGGCAACAAAGAAGGACUUUCAGCAGACGGAGGAAAUAAUACACAGACGUUAAUAACCAAUAAUAAAUUGCUUUCAAUGACAAUCAAGUUAUUGUUUCAAAGAAAAAAAAUAAACUUAUUUCAAGAGGUGACCUUGGGUUGAUUGUCCAUUUUAUUUGGUGUUUUUAAAAAAAAACACAAGCUGAGGAUGAAGGUGGUGAGAAUUACAGAAAUUACUGAGCUCAUUGCGAUUGAAAAAUGAUGGCUACUGGAACAGAACUAUCACCAAACUUCAAUCAAGCAGGAACAUCGAACCUGACUGGAACAGUUAAUAUGUUAGAACUACAUGUCCAUACUCCAAAGGUUCGUUUGACAUUAGACAUGACUAAAAGCCAGCGAGAUGAGAGAUCCCCCAGUGAAAAUGCUAACACGGUGCAGGAUGAAAUAUUUUCAUGGCCUGGCCCAAAGACUGUGCUGCUCCACAAGAACUCUCAAGGUUUUGGUUUUACGUUGAGACACUUCAUUGUCUACCCUCCAGAGUCAGCUGUGCAUCCGAGCUUUAAGGAUGAAGAAAAUGGGAAUGGAAGAGGGCGUCAGAAAGGUCAAACAGAGCCUAUGGAUACCAUUUUUGUUAAAAGUGUAAAGGAAGGGGGAGCAGCACAUCAAGCUGGGCUUUGUACAGGAGAUCGGAUUGUAAAGGUGAAUGCGGAGAGUAUAAUUGGCAAAACAUAUUCUCAAGUGAUAGCUCUAAUUCAAAACAGUGAGGAUGUAUUGGAACUCUCAGUUAUGCCCAAAGAUGAAGACAUUUUGCAGGUGCCUCCUUCUAUUGGGAGGGCAGGCGAGCAAGCUGUGUACUUCUGCCUGACUUCAACACCUAUGCCAUCCCAUGCUCAGCUGACAAUAGACAAUUGUGAGGCAUACUCUCAGGAUGCUUACUUGAAGGGUAAUGAUCCUUAUUCCGGUAGUGCUCGCCACAUACCAGAGCCGCCACCUGUAUGCUACCCUAGACAUUUGGCUACGACCCAGACCAAGGAACCUUUACUGACAGAUUCUUCCCGGGGAAUGCUAGUGGACAAUAGGAAUUACAAUGCCGGCUCAGGUUCUGACAGGGGAUUCUAUUCUGAUCCAUCUUCGCCAUUGGAUAUUAGUGCCACAACUAGUCCACCUGCUAGCAUAUGGAAUGAAGGACGAGGUAGAGCACGAUCAUCAGAUCUGUUGGCUGAGAUUGGAAUAAGUCAGUCAAGCCCCAUGCACCACGUGGAGGAGGUGCAAUAUGGAAUAAAACCAAGAUCAGUUCUAGCGAGAGAAAUGACUGUGUCUUCUUCAAAUUCUGUUGUACAGGGUCCAAUAAGCAAUAAAUAUGGUUCAGGUUCAGCUGCUAUGCAAGAUAGGUAUAGGGGACGUUCUAACCAAAUUCCUUUUUCAUCAGUCUCAAACCACAAUGUUUACUCGGGUCCUAAGAACAACAUGGGUCAGAGAAAUUACACUAGUUCUAUGAACAACAGAGAAAAUGACUAUUUUCAUUCCGAUAUUAGGACAUCAUGGGAACGACUUGGCAGCAUUAAUACAAGCAGACAUCAGUAUAAGCCACCUAGUUGGCAAUCUACACAGUUACCACGUCGAAGCUCAUCUGAAGAUCGUUGUUACACUGCUAUGCCCCCAAAAUACAGGAGUUACUCUCAGGACAGACUUGAGGAGACUUCAUUACACAAACAUUGGCAUCAUAGUGCUUCCCAAGACACUUUACUUGCACCUAUGAAUGAGCCGUGGAGUUACAGGACUCGUUCAGAAGAUUAUCUGGGAAAAUGUGACCGAUCUUUGGAGAAUUUAACACAUAAUGCCUUUACAACAGGUGGGGACAGGUUUUUAUGGACACAUUCAAAGACUGGUACAACAACUGGUGGUUUUUCUAAGUCUGGUGGGCAAGAACAUUUGUUUUGGCAGCAUAGACCAGCAGGAUACUCUUCAGGUGAUCCUGUAAUGCAUGGUCAGAAACACUCAUCCCAUCAGAACUCUAGCAAUAGGAGUGCAUUUUAUAAAAACAUGAACUCCAGAAUAUCUAUUCCUCCUCAGCAGCAGUGCAGAAAUGAAGCUGCUCCUUCUCAUUCUGUAAAGAGAACAGAUAUUGCACAUGUAGGGCAACAGACUACCAAUGUUUCUCAAAGUAAAAUAUCUCAUCUUUCAGAUAGAUCAGUGUAUGUUUCUAGUUUGAAUGCCAGUGAGUCCAAGGCUGAACGUUGUGCACCCUAUCAAGUUAAGAGAAUUGAUGUGCCCGUUGUUCGAGACCAAAGACUGACCAAUCAUGAUCGGCAGGGUGGCUUGUACCCAAAACAGACAGACAGAAACUCUGGUAAGGAGGCAGUCUUUCAACAAGACAUUCAACCAUUUCCUACUGCAAAGUCUGGAAUUUCCCAAACCUCCGAAUGUGAGAUACAGAAGGAACAAGAAGUGCAACAAACAAACAAAGCUGCCUUUUUGAGGCAAAAGCCUCCCACUGGCCGUAGAGUACCACACCCUCUCAGGCACCCAGCUUGUAUAGAUAUGUUGGAACAAACACCUGCAGUUUCACCACCAGCUGCCACAUCUGAAAAUGCAUCUUCGGAACAAACAAUUGAAAAACUGGAAGGGACAGCUGUAAAAUCUCCAGAAGACUCCUUGGCCUCAAUUCCAUAUAUUGAUGAGCCAACGAGCCCAAGUAUUGACCUGGUGGCAGGUCACAUUCCUGCCUCAGCUGUUGUUUCCAGUGGCCAGAAUUCAGCACCAACUAUCAUCACUAGCCCUGCUUCUCCAACCUUCACCUACCCCCUCAUUCAUCCACGACAUUACUCUCAGGACUGUAGCAGCAUCAAAGCUAGUCGACGGUCAUCUUACCUUCUUGCUAUCACAACAGAGAGGUCAAAAUCUUGUGAUGAAGGAUUGAAUACAUAUCAUGAUGAGGCAAAAGUGUACUCGAAAUUGCCAAUCAGAGUUCCCAGUCUGAAGAUGCUGAGAAACUUUUUCACGGAAGGGUCCUUAGAAAGCUUGGAUGUAUCUGAAAACAACAGAUCUAAACGCCAUUCUACAUCUGACCUCUGUGAUGUGACCUUCAGUGAUGUCAGGAAAGAGGGCUGGUUAUACUUUCGACAGCUUGUCACGGAGAAGGGAAAGAGGGUUGUGAGCAGCAUUCGCUCUUGGAAAAGGGUGUAUGCCCUCCUGCGAUCACAUUCCCUAUAUCUGCACAAGGACAAAAGGGACGCAGUGACCUAUGUUUCUUCGCCGGCUGAGGAUGAACAGCCCAUUUGUGUUAAAGCCUGUUUGAUUGAUAUUUCGUACAGUGACACUAAAAGGAAGAAUGUUUUUAGACUGACUACUUCGGAUUUCUGUGAAUACCUGUUUCAGGCUGAGGAUAGAGAUGAUAUGUUGAACUGGAUUAAAAUUAUCCAAGAGAACAGUAAAACAGAGGGAGAGGACACAAGUGCCAGAUUGAUAGAAGUCAAAUUAAAGGAGUACAGAAACCAGAGCCCUGCAAAUAAUAAGUCCGAUUCUUCUCCAAAAGGAUCACGUCACCAUGUCAUCCGACGACCGCGAUCUCCCAGACAAGAUAAUGCAAACAAAGAUGAAAGUAGCCCUCCUAAGGACAAGAGCUCUUGGUUGAACAUAAUGAAGAAGACUAAAAAAAAUGUUUCUGGAGCAGCUUUUGGGGUUCGACUAGAGGAAUGUCAGCCUGGUGUAAAUAACAAGUUUAUUCCAUUGAUAGUGGAGAUUUGUUGUAAACUGGUGGAGGAGAAGGGUUUGGAGUACACAGGGAUCUACAGGGUACCAGGGAAUAAUGCCAUGGUCUCCAGCCUACAGGAGCAACUGAAUAAGGGAAUGACUGAUCUAAAUACCUCAGAUGAAAAAUGGCAGGACCUGAAUGUGAUCAGCAGUUUGCUUAAGCUGUUCUUUAGAAAGCUUCCUCAGCCUCUCUUCACAGAUGAUAAAUACAAUGAUUUCAUUGAAGCCAACAGACUGGAGGACGCAGCAAAGAGACUUCAAACAUUUAAGAAACUGCUUUGGAAUUUGCCAGAAUAUUAUUUUGAAACCCUGAAGUUCCUCACGGGUCAUCUGAAGACCGUGGCAGAUCACUCUGAAAAGAAUAAGAUGGAACCACGGAAUUUGGCACUGGUGUUUGGCCCAACACUUGUCAGGACAUCAGAGGACAAAAUGAUUGACAUGGUGACACACAUGCAAGAUCGGUACAAAAUCAUUGAAACCUUAAUACAACAUUAUGACUGGUUUUUCAAUGAAGACCGGGACAUGGAUGAGAAAGCUCCAGUUGACCAUGGAGGUAAUACAGAGUUACAACCAGUACCAAACAUAGAUCACCUCCUAUUAAACAUUGGGAGAACAGGAGGAGCACCAGGGGAUAUCUCAGAUUCAACCACUAGUGAUUCAGCAAAGUCUAAGGGAUCGUGGGGAUCCAGGAAGGAUCUAUACAACAGGGAGCUUGUGAUGUCAAUCUUUGCAGCGGCCAAUCGUAAGAGGAAGAAAAAAGAGGCGAAAAUGCUUGAAAGUAGCACAGAUGAUGAUUCAGAACAUGAACCUAUUAAGGCUAUUAAUAAAGAGCGAUUAUUAGACAAGAAGGAAACAGACAGAAAGAAGGAUGUAGCAGGACAGAAAGAGAGGGAGCUGGGAAAUAGCAGGAACAGAGGGGUGGAACCAAUUCACCAGCCCAUUGCUAGUAAAGAAAUCCGGAAGAAAGCAGGAGAAUCUAAUCAUUCCAACCAGCACUGCAAUCAGACAUCUCAGUGGGAGAGUGAGGAAGCUAAAUUGGACUCUUCGUGUAAACCACAUCUCAGCCCAUCUUCAACUGGCACUGAGCAUUCCUUCAAAGAAGGGACCUCCCUCAAACUUCUAGAUUCGGAUAGAAGAAGAAAAUGCACAGGCGAUGAGACAACUAUUACUGGUCCUCAGUGUCAAAAUAAUAGUGAACAGUUUUCCAAAAGCCCCAAGCUGAAGAUGUGGCGUACACCUGAGAUGGAGCACAGGGAGCUGAUACCCACCGAUGCCAGCUCAGUUGUUUCAGGAUAUUCCACCAUUUCAUCCAUAAUGACAACCCUAGAUCACAACUUGUGUUCUGAGGUGCAAUCAAUUGCAGAAAGUAGGGGCGAUGAAGCUGAUGAUGAAAGAAGUGAGCUCAUCAGUGAGUGCGGAGGUCAGAUUGAAACAGACAAUGAAAGUGGCUACCUUACACGCACGCUGCCAGGCAGGUCUUCGAACUCGCAGCAGACUAAAGGAAGGUUUUCUCGCCGUGGGUCAGAUAGUAAUACAAGCUCUGACAAAGAAGGGAUCACAACACAAAAGUUAAGCAGUAUCCCAUCUUUUAAUUCCCACAGGUUAAUUCAGUGCGACACUUUGGCUAGAAAGAAAUUAACCAAACCAAAAGGAACAAAUGAACUUAGUGCAAAGAUCAAUGAAGAUAAAGAGCCUUCAGUGGUUACAAAUCUGUUUGAUAAUUCGAAUCAACCCAAUUCCACCAAAAAACACAACUUCCUCAAGACCGAUUCUAACAAAGAAGAUCUAACCAAAGCAUCAAAACGAAUACUGACUGAUCAAACAAAAGUUCGGCUCAAAACCUCGGCAGAUGAUAUGUUUGGAGUAGGGUUGAGAAAACAGAGCUCCCCAGAGACCCGGCGAAAGAAGAACAUUAGAAGGAGACACACAGUGGUGGUACAGAAUGAUUUAUCAGAGUUUCACUUUAGAGAAUGGAAAGAAAAUCAACUGGAGAGCAAGGAGAGCUACAAGGGGGGAAAACCAUCUAACAUGAGCCAGUUAAGGCAGAAAUUUGAUGCCUGGGAGGCUUCAGAUCCAGGAGCAAAUGUGCAGCUGGAUUUAGAACCUAAACCCAAGGAAAUAUCCAGAUCAGAUGAUCCAGACCCGCAGUAUUGUUCCAGUCAUCUAGGUGGAAAUCUACAACCUGAACAGCCAGCAUCCAAGAAUUUGAGUAGCAAUACAAGCUCGGGACUUUGUCAGCCAUCUUUACCGUCUUCACCAUCAGCUAGCUCGACAUCAGGUCAAUUUAGAGACAGUGACUCAAAUUCAUCCAAGUCCACAAGCAUAAAGGCUCAAAAACAUCCGACUUCCUCUCGAUUCCAUCAGUACCUUUGAUGGAAAUUGGUUAGGGCUAAAACAUUCAGGAGCUAGGCCAACAUAUGGGUUUACUUCCCCUCACCCCCAGUAACAGGCGGAAAACUCCCGAUUGUUGGAGACAAAAAAAACUUUUCUUUAAAGAUGUUUAACAAUAGAAUCUGGUGGUCCCAGCAGUAAUGACUUUUUUAAAAACUAUUUUCUAUCAAUUUUCCUCCACUUAACCAUUUUAUAGAAAAUAGAAAGGCUCUGCUGCUUUGUAUUUUUGGGUGCUCAUUCAUUUCUUGCAAGAUGGACAUUAAAAGAUACACUUGGAUUUUUUAAGAAAAGAAUAAACAAGUAAUUGCCAGGAAAUAAUAUUUGAAAUAAUAUCCCAUUCAUUAACAAAAACACCUAGACCUUGAACUCUAUGCAUAUUUGACUGAUUUCCCAUAGGAGUAGCCAAAUUUGUGGACAAUGGUCUUUUAGGCUACUUCAUCAUUUCUCUGAAAAUUCCUUUGGCCUCUCUCAACAGUGUACCUGGUGUCCUGGUGAAAUUCCCACAACAAGCACUUGUCCCAGGAAGUGUGGCUGAUUGGAAUUUUUUAUUUUUAAAUGGCAUUUGCUGGAAAUGCAAACUAAAUCAGAACCUGCUUCAAAGAUAAGGUCUCAGUACCUGAAAGACACAGAUUGUCAGAAUAUUGUUUUAGUGAAGGGUCUGCCCCCAUUGAUUUUCUCUUUACAUUUGCUGAUGCAUCAAGUGUAUUUGGAGUAUUUAUGUUUAUUUCAUGGGGUUUUUAAUAGCAUGGGGCUGGUCAGAGUGGAUGUGGGCUAAAGGGAAUGAUAUCAAAAGGGCUAUAAUUAGUCACUAGAGAGUAUAGUUGCAGAAUUAGAAGGGCUUUGUUGGCUACUAAUAUGCUGCUGCUGGUUUUGCAGUUGUCAUAAGAGCAACUGGUUUUGAAGUGGCUUUGCUAACCAUUCAUGUUUUGGUGCGGUUUAACCUUGGUUAGCUGGACUUCCCCGCCACAACUUAGAGUAUGAUGGUCAACAGAAUUUCUCUUCAACCCUGUUUGCACAGAGAACAUGUUUCAGUUACCCAAAAGAAAGGGAAGGAUUUGUGAUAAAUGGAGCACUUAAGCCCACUUAUAUUUAGGAAGUUAUUUAAAAUACUAUGUACAUACUGUUAGGUACUGCAGUAUUCCUUUUCACUGACCCGUAGCAGCAUGAUGUUGUCCCAUAAUGAAUCUUCAUUACUUUGACCUCUGAUUCCUUAUUUUGUUAAUUUGAGUUGAUAUCGUUCCUUACUGACUAAUUAAAAUAGGGAGCACAUUCAACAAAAUGCCAUUUUAGUAGAGUUUUUAAACAAAUUUCAUUCUUGUUUUACAAAUGUAUUUUAAUUUUUCCACCUUUCCCUCCUUGAACUUUAUCUGUCUUAAUUAACACAAUUGUUAAUUAAGAAUGAGCACAGGUGACUUGCUUUUUAGCCCUGUGCUGUGACGUGAACAUUUGUUGUGAGGAACAAGAUUAGGCAAGGUAUUUUUCUAGUAUUAGAAAUUAAUCUUGAUUGCAGAUCCACUGUGUCCUAUGCCUCCUGUGAUAGCACAUGUUGGAUUUUAAUUCAUGGUCCUAAUUUUGAGAGAAUCCCAAUUAAAAGGAUAAAGAGAAUAAAAUCUUUCUCUGAUUGGCCUCAAUCUCUUUCACCUCAGAUAUCAAGCCAAACAGAAAUGAAUCUCUCUAAAGGGUAUUAACUGUCAAUUAACAUGCUGUGUGACUGUGAUCUGUGGGCAUCUCAGCAGCCAUUGAUUUCAGUGUCUUAAAAUGAAAGAUAAUAGAUCGCAGGUGGCUUAGAGGGAGUGAAGCACUUGGGCUGCAAAUAUCCUCACAGCUGUUCUCAUCCGACUUCCACAGCCUCACUGGAACUGAAGUAGAAAUCCUGAUUGUUCAUUUAAAUUUUGGUUUUGCUGCACUUCAGCCUUACAAUGGUGAAACAGGAGCAGUUAGGAGGAAAUUCUCAGCACAUCAUUUCAGAGAUGAGUAAAUGAAAAUCCAAAAAAAACUACAGAUAAAUUAAAAACAAAAUGCUGGAAAUACUCAGCAAGCCUGGCUGCAUCUGAUGGGGCUUGACAUGAGUAGUUCCAGUGUUUUCUGUUUUUACUUUGGAGAUGAGGUUCCAGACAGUUGAAGCCUUCCUUUGACCUUUGGAAUAUGCUGUGACUUGCUAGCAGUUGUUGUUGUUGCCAUAUCGGUCUGCAUUAAAUAUUUUCUAUGGGAUUGAAUUACCUAGGUGAUUAAAGGUUUCUACCUAGUCAUAAGCAACUUUUGUUCAAUGCAUACUGUAUAAGCUUUAUGCUGUUUAACAACAGGUUUAAUUUUAAUUAUUAAGAGAUCAGUUUGUAAAUAGGAUAAAUCUAUUUUUUUUAAAGUAGCUAUGCUUUACUACAACUAAUGCACUAAUCACUAAAGUAUUUAUAUUUUAUACUUAUUAACAGAAAGAUUAGAUAGCCAAACUAACAAGUUAAAAUUUGCACCUGUGUCAAAAUAUUUCGUAACUCAUUUUAUUGGUGACGGGUGAAUCUGGAGAAUUGUAUAUCAUUUUUAACCAGACAACAUUAUAACCCUAAAAUGUGCUGAUGGAUUUUGAUGGAAUUUAAUGGAGCAGCACAGUGGUAGGAAUACAUCUUAAAAUCUUUGCCAGACAAUUUAUCUUGAACACAGAUUUUUACAGGCUUUAUUUUUAAAAUGUAAAAUGAGGUAGAACUUCAUUUUCAUUUUAAUCACAGUGAGAGAUAUUUAUUGAAGGGGCAUUGUGGUUUUACAGACUUCAAACUAUUCUGCAUCCUGUCUGUAUUGCCACACCAAGUAAAGCAAUACAAGUCCUUCCCGCAGUUGUUCAAUUGGCUAAAGCAAUACAAAAUGUCCUCUUUGAAUCUCAUCUUUGCUGAGUUAACUGAUUUCAGUUAGGCCAUGAUUCUCUGUUAACACUGACUCACACGUAAGCAAUGACCAGAAAGAGUAUCCACUAUCCAUGGAAUAAUCUAAACCUAUGGGAGAGAGUCAGUGCUUUCUACAAAGUGAGCUCGGAAGAUAGUUGAUGUUGUGAAGUGAGAAGUUGAGAAAUUAUAAUUGUUGUCAAUGUGGAAAGAUUAAAAAUCAUUUUAGGAUAUUUUAUUUACUCAAUUUCUUUUCUAUUUAUUCCCAUGUCUGUCAUCAGUGUGCACUUUUCUUCCAGAUAUAAUAGCUAACACAUCUUUCCUAUCCAGCAACUAGUUAUGACUAGCAUUAGUUUUCUUGUGCUUUUAACUCUGAAGUUAUCCUGUUGUCUCUUAGAUAUCACAGAGCAUCACUAAAUAACUAUUAUUAUGCUGAUUCAUGAGGGAUAUUGGGGAGUGGGUUCUGACUCACCAUCUCAGAUUCUCAAGUAAACACCAUGAAAUUUACAGAUGUUUUAACUUAGCUGAUGGGAGGAGACCUCAGUGUUCUGGUUCAGGAUUUAUCCACCAAUAAGCAAACAAGAGCAGAUUUUUCUAAACAUCCAAUCCAGAAAGUUCAUGCACUAUUCAUCCUGAGCGUAAAAAGGGAAAUUUAUGGAAUCACCUGACUAUCCAUCAUUUGAUUAGUCAUGUUCAAAGGAUAUGACAAAGAAGUAAUAGGGGGUUGCAAUUGUUACAUAAUAAUAAUUGCCAAAUAUAUAAUUAGGGGAUCAAGGCACAUCAAGUGUGACUUCAGAUGCAAAGCAAGGGAAGUUAAUUUCGUCCCAUGCCAUUUGUUCGAUGUUUCUGAUGGUUUUGUGUUUAUCUCCAUUCUAUAUGUGGGCAUGUUUUUUGGUACACUUUGGCUAAGUUGGAACACAAUUUAAAAUUGUUUAUUCCAUUUUAAGUAAUCUGUAAAGCACAUUUGAUAAUAGGAUGAUAAUAUUGCCGCAGGCUCACAGCUAAAGGUAGGUAGUUUAGAAAGACUAUGCAGUUCCAAACUCCUGUCAGCGCAGCUCUUUCAAAUUGUGAUUCGAACAUUCAGUAACUCCUUAUCUUUCACUUUCCUGUUCCAGGCUGACUUGUGUGUGACAGUUAGGUUUGGCCUUACUGUGUCUCUCACUUCAGGUUUUUUUUAUAUAAUGUAUUAAUUUGUUUCUUCUCAAAAAUGGACAUUUUCUUUAACUGAGACCCACUGUUCAUUAUUUUACUCACCUUGGAAAAGAGUUUGCAUUUCCUCACUUGUAGCUCACUGCCUCUUCACUUCUAAUGCAGCAUCCAGUUGUUUCUUAAUAAUUCAGUUAUAGGAAUACAUUCCCCUAAAUCAGAAGGAUGCGUAAACCCCACAGCAAUAAGGAGGGCACAAGUGCUAUAUCGAUGAAGGUACCAUUUGGCAUAUGUAUUAAAUUCCACAGCAGCAUUCAACAUGUAGGGAGUUCUCUGCCCUGGUCAUCUUUUAUCCUUCACCCAGCACGACCAACUUUGAUCAUCUAGCUCAGUGCUGUUGCGACGGCAGUGUUAAUGCUCAGUAGUGUCCAAUGAUUUUUGUAUGCUUUGGGAUGUCCUGAGAAAAAAGCAUCAUACAUGUGCACACUGUUUCUUUUGCCUUUGCCUCUUGCCCAGAGUCCAUUUUCAGUUGGAUUUCUUGCAUGACAAAGAACUGUCUGGCAUUAGUCCUACACAAAUGUUUUUCACUAGUUAAACCAAUGUCUCCUGACCUGUCCAUCACCAUCUGAUUUGAAGAGAUAUUCUAGAUCUGUUUGCUUGCUUGCUUCUGUAAUGCUCCAAUGGGAAAAACUUGUGUGUUUAAAUAUCCAAGAAUAUAAAAUAAGAAUUUAUGGUCAGUUUAGAGAGCCCAUUGAAGAUAGGGUUAUAAACCAGAGCACUGAUUGCCAAGUUAAUAUUUUCUAGCCACAAGGAAUAAGUAUAUCAGAAUACAUCUUCCUUAAUAAUUCUAUUUAAGAAGAAAGAUUGACUCCUUAAAAAUGCAUAUGAUGUCAUUCAUCCACAGUUUAUAGCAAAGAAUAGAUUUUGUUCUCUAUUCUUUAUUGUUCUCUAUAUCUAAAACAGCAUCAUAUCCAAAUAUUGAGUUUCUAUAUACAACUACAAUCUGGGGGAAAUAGAGAGAGGGUGUUGGGGAUAAGAGAGGCGAGAAAGAGACACUCUACUUAUUUCGAUGUUUUAAAAAAAAGUACUACUGCACUCUUUUUGGCAUUCUCUUUAAAGCUAAUAUAUUCUACUGAGAUAUCAGAUAAUGAUAAAACAUUCUGGUAUAUAGAGGGUUGUAGUUUAUAUGCUAGCCAAUAACUGCUUCUAUUUACAUGCAGCAUUCUGUUUGCCACAAUAAUUAGUUCUAGUGAUAGUAUCUUUUCUAAGUUCCCAUUUUUGGAAACAUUCGUAUAAAACCCCAGUGAGGAGGGAAUGAGCAGUCACUUUUAUAGGUUUGUGAUUACCCUGAUUUUGACCCGAAGUGUUCAAGCCUUUCACUUUUUGUGGCCAUCUGAAUCUCUGUUGUUUGCGCUGUUACUGUUUAACACAAGGUGGUGAAUCUAAAUUCAUAGGGACAACUUUGUAGACAAUGCUAAAGAGUUAGCUGGGGAGAGAAUACCAAACACUGGCUCCUGAUGUUUUUGUUUUGCUGAUGCAGUUGUGGCUAUUUGAUUUUCUAUGGUUUUGUAUUAAAAGUUGCGCAUUUAACCUCAGUGUGUGUUUGUGUACAUAUAAAUAUAUAAUAUAUUUUUGUUGCAUUGUUUACAUUAGUGCUUCUGUGCACAUUUUUUUUGUUUCCACUGUUACUUGAAUUUUUAAUUUUCGAUACUUUUGCUCCAUGGCUUGCUCAGGUCGAAUUAAAAACUCGGUAACAUGCAUAUCCUUAAAAAUGCAUUAAAAAAAUUAUUUAACCAGAGCCAGAGGUGGUCACGCUAUACUGCCACGAUUCUGUAUUAAAAAAUAUUUAGUUACACAUUGGGUAAGGUCUAGGAAAAGUUACAUCACAAUUCAAAUUGUUUUUGAAGAUUAUGAAAAAAGAAAAAAAAUGAUAUUGUGCUUUGGAAGUAUUGUCCAAUAUUAAUUUUAUAAAUGACUUCUCAGGAUUUUGCUUAAUAAUUCAUCUAUGAGCCCAGUUAAAACUGCUAUUUUAUCACUUACUGUGCAAAAAACAUGAUGAUUCCUUACUUGUUUCUUUGCCCCAUAAUACCUGUGAUUUUAUUACAUCUUUAAAACAGCAUGGGGUUAAUUCCAAUCUGAAAUUCCAGUAUUGUGAGCCACAAUUCGUUCUCAAGCAUUGGUGUGUAUAAGGGAGCAAAUAGACAACACUGUAUGGGUUAUUUGUGUGGAAAUUCCUUGAAGUUUAGAUCAUGAGCAGCAACUCCUUUUCAGUUUUAAAUCUGUAAAGUCAAGUUGUGGUUCAUUGCUGUCAAAACGUGGCUUUAAAGUAGGGAUUGCAUUGCUAAUCAGUGGUGUAAGAUAUAAGAACAUCCUAUUGAACCAUUGUUCUAAGGUGUUAAGACCAAGGUUUUUCUAAAACUACCAAGGUUUGCCAAAAAUUAUCUUAACAAAAUAUGCAUAUUUCUUACUCAUUAUAUUAUUUUUAAAUACUUGCAAAUGUUUAGUGGUUUGUGAAAAUAUUUUCAUCACAUUUCUGAAAUUCAUCAUUAUCACACAAUGUGCAACUGCACCUUAAAACAAGCCAAGUAGUUUAACAGCUUUAGAUGAGUUGUAGACUGCAGUUGUAUUUAGCCAUGUCUGCUUUAUUUACCUAUUCAUGAAAAAUGCCUCAUUUUUGCAAGUCAUUUUUUCACGUCUCGAUUCCAGACAGCACUGGGAUUUAUGUUAACAUUUAACAAUUUUUUAAUUUAACUACAAAUUUUUCCUAGUUAUAAACCAAUUUUUUGUAUAUAUUUCAUUUUGUUUUUCUCGACCUAAGCUGGAAAGGUCGAGAGAGAGAAUUGGUGUGGGUCACAUCUGUUGUGGUGUUCUGCGUCUUACACAUGCCAGUGACUGGAUGCUGUUUGGCUUUUUCCUGAAUAUUUCAAAACCUGGUGCCAAACUUAACAACCUUAAUUCUGAGCAUCUUGUUUAAAUCUGAGGAGGGGAUGUGGGAUGAGCACAAGAGAGUUUUGUCUGAAAGACAACACUGAGGUGGGGAUUUCAGUAUUAACAGCCAACGCUGUGGAUAAAGGAGAAACAUGCUGUCAAAGAAACAAUUGUACCACUUCAAGAAAAUUAGUAAGACAUGAUGUCUAAAUGGAGAUGCUUCAUGCCACAUUUUUCCAGCUUUGUUACUUGUUUUGUGUUGCUGUUUACCUGCAGUAUUGAGAGAGAUUGUUUGGCAAGCAAGCAUUUCAGUGCUUCCAUUUUAAUAACAAAAAAAAUCAGGCAUUCCAAUGGAGCAUUGAACAAUGCUGUCAACAUGACCUUCCAAUUUACAAUGUGCUGUUUAUUAAAAUACGCAAAUUUGCUGUAAAGUUAACUGCUUAUUUUGUAAAUAUGUUCAAGUGUCAACUCUGACAAAAGCUGUGUAACAUAGAUAUAUAAAUAGUGUUUAAUUAAAACAAGUUUCUUUUGCCUCUUUGCCAAUUGGUUGUAAAAGAACAAUGUGAUAUUGUUAAAUUCUGCAUGGACUCCUGGAGUUUACAACUGCAAAUGUACAUGCAAACAGCGAUGCUUUAAAAUAAUGCACCAUCCUAUUUUAUAAUAAUGAAAAUAAACUGA